AUGUCCCAUCAUUAUGUUGUUACGGCUCAAAAGCCAACAGCGGUUACAGCAUGUGUCACAGGUAACUUUACUUCACCAAGUGAUUUAAAUCUUAUUUUGGCAAAAAAUACAAGAUUAGAAAUUCAUUUGGUUACCCCAGAAGGCUUGCGGCCUUUAAAGGAAAUUGGGCUUUAUGACAGAAUAUCUGUAGUAAAAUUCUUUAGGCCACCACAUGAACAUAAAGACUUACUUUUCAUAGUGACUACUAGGUAUAAUGCAAUGAUAUUAGAGUGCAUUGGGGAUGGGGAAAAUAUAGAAAUUAAAACUAAAGCACAUGGUAAUGUAGCAGACAGAAUAGGAAAACAGUCAGAAACUGGUAUAAUAGCAGUAAUCGAUCCAGAAGCCAGAGUUAUUGGGCUAAGGUUAUAUGAUGGACUUUUAAAGAUUAUUCCAUUAGGUAAAGACAAUUCAGAAUUAAAAGCUUCCAGUAUAAGAAUGGAAGAGGUUGAAGUACAAGAUUUAAAUUUUCUUCACGGAUGCCAAAAUCCCACAAUUAUUCUCAUUCAUCAAGAUAUUAAUGGUCGACACGUUAAAACACAUGAGAUUUCUCUUAGGGACAAAGAAUUUGUGAAAAUGCCAUGGAAACAAGAUAAUGUGGAACCUGAUGCAUCAAUAGUUAUACCUGUGCCUGAGCCAUUGUGUGGAGCUAUAAUCAUAGGUCAAGAAUCUAUUUUAUAUCAUAAUGGAGCUGGUUAUGUUGCUGUCGCACCUCCCGUAAUCAAUCAAAGUACAAUAACUUGUUAUACUCAAGUAGACUCUAAUGGCUCAAGAUACUUAUUAGGAGACAUGGCUGGUCAUUUAUUUAUGUUGUUACUGGAAACAGAAGAAAAAAUUGAUGGAACUCCUUGUGUUAAGGAAAAUGGAUUAAAAGUUGAAUUAUUAGGUGAAAUCAGCAUUCCAGAAGCCAUAACAUAUCUUGAUAAUGGUGUGCUUUUUAUUGGUUCUCGUUGUGGAGAUUCUCAACUUGUUAAAUUAAAUACAAGUCCGGAUGAAAAUGGGUACUAUGUCACAAUAAUGGAGGCAUUUACAAAUUUAGCACCUAUUCUCGAUAUGGUGGUAGUGGAUUUAGAAAGGCAAGGACAGGGACAGUUAGUUACAUGUUCUGGUGCUUUUAAAGAAGGUUCAUUAAGAAUUAUCAGAAAUGGUAUUGGUAUUCAAGAACAUGCCACUAUCGAUUUGUUGGGAAUAAAAGGAAUGUGGGCUUUAAGAGCUUCACUUGAUAGUGUGUACGAUAACACAAUUGUUCUAGCCUUUGUAGGUCAAACAAGAAUAUUGACUUUAAAUGGAGAAGAAGUAGAAGAAACAGAAAUACCCGGUUUUUUAUCAGAUCAACAAUCAUUUUAUUGUGGAAACGUCGAAAACAAUAACAUGAUUCAGUUGACUCCCACUUGUGCUCGCCUUAUAUCAGUUGAAACAAAGCAACUGGUCAGUGAAUGGCGACCACCAGCGGGAAAAACAAUUAGCGUUGUUGCUUGUAAUACUGUUCAAGCUAUAUGUGCUGCGGGUAGUGAUUUGUAUUAUUUAGAGAUAUUGAAAAAUGAAUUAGUUCAAAAAGGGAACACAACAUUAGAGUACGAAGUAGCUUGCUUAGACAUUACACCUCUUUCUGAAGGUGGUAAAACGGCUGAUAUAAUUGCUGUUGGACUGUGGACAGAUAUUUCUGCUCGCAUUUUAAAACUUCCGGAUCUUGAAGAGUUAAACAGGGAAUAUCUAGGAGGAGAAAUUAUUCCUAGAUCCAUAUUAAUGACUUGCUUCGAAAAUAUUAAUUACCUUUUAUGUGCUUUGGGGGAUGGUUCCAUGUUUUAUUUUUCAUUAAAUAAUCAAAAUGGGAUUUUAUCGGACAAAAAAAAAGUUACGUUAGGUACGCAGCCUACAGUUUUACGAACGUUUCGCUCUCUGUCCACCACAAAUGUUUUCGCUUGCUCGGACAGACCCACAGUUAUUUACUCUUCCAAUCACAAACUUGUUUUUUCAAAUGUAAAUCUUAAGGAGGUAAAUCAUAUGUGUUCCCUCAACUCAGAAGCAUAUCCCGACAGCUUAGCCUUAGCCACUGAUAGUACUGUUACUAUAGGAACUAUUGAUGAAAUUCAAAAACUUCACAUCCGAACAGUACCACUAGGAGAAUCACCUAGAAGGAUAGCGUAUCAAGAAACAACCCAGACUUUUGGAGUCAUAACGAUGAGAAUGGAUGUUCAUCAAAGGUCUGGUUUAAUACCUGUAAAACAAAGUGCCAGUACUCAAGCUCAAAGCAUCUCUUCAUCUAGUAAUAUAGGGGGAGCUCAUAACCUUAAAAGUGGACCAGCUGCUUCCAUAAAUUCCUUUGCAGAAUUCGGUCAAGAAGUGGAAGUUCAUAAUUUAUUGGUCAUCGAUCAGCAUACUUUUGAAGUGUUACAUGCUCACCAAUUUAUGCAGUCAGAGUAUGCAUUGAGUUUAAUAUCUACAAAAUUGGGUGAUGACCCGAAUACUUAUUACAUUGUCGGAACAGCAAUGGUUAAUCCAGAUGAAAGUGAAUCAAAGCAAGGAAGAAUUUUAAUAUUUCAAUUUCAAGAAGGAAAAUUAUAUCAGGUUGCUGAAAAAGAAAUUAAGGGUGCUGCUUAUUCUCUUGUAGAAUUCAAUGGUAAACUCUUGGCCAGUAUAAAUAGUACUGUCAGAUUGUUUGAAUGGACUGCAGAACAAGAAUUAAGAUUAGAAUGUAGCCAUUUCAAUAAUAUAAUAUCUCUUUAUUUGAAAACGAAAGGUGAUUUUAUAUUAGUCGGAGAUUUAAUUCGUUCAAUGACUUUGUUGCAAUAUAAAACUAUGGAAGGAUGUUUUGAAGAAAUGGCCAGAGAUCAUAAUCCAAAUUGGAUGACGGCUGUGGAAAUAAUUGAUGAUGAUACUUUUUUAGGUGCCGAAAAUUCAUUUAAUUUGUUUGUGUGUCAAAAAGACAGUGCGGCAGCGACUGAUGAGGAAAGACAGCAAAUGCACGCGGUAGGAAUGUUUCAUUUAGGUGACAUGGUAAACGUGUUUCGUCACGGAUCAUUAGUUAUGCAAAAUGUCGGAGAAACUAGCACACCUACAACAGGUUGUAUUCUUUUUGGCACCGUUAGUGGAGCAAUAGGUUUGGUUACACAAAUUUCUGCAAAUUUUUACAACUUUUUACACGAAUUGGAAUGUAAAUUAACCGAAGUUAUUAAAUCAGUUGGUAAAAUAAAACAUAGUUUUUGGAGAAGUUUUACAACGGAAAUAAAAACAGAACCGUGUGACGGAUUCAUUGACGGAGAUUUAAUUGAAAGCUUUUUAGAUUUGUCACACGAAAAAAUGAAGGAAGUUGCUGCAGGCCUACAGAUUGAUAAUGGAAGUGGAAUGAAACAAGAAGCUACAGUUGAUGAUUUAGUUAAAAUGGUAGAAGAUUUAACUCGAAUACAUUAA